UCAAAGCAAAAAAAAAAAGCUCUGUUUCUCUCUCUCGAACUCCUAAAAGCUAUUCACGCAAGAAGAAGACAUGUCGUCCAACACUUCCCCGAUUUUCAGCGACUAUGGCUUCGAUCCCCAAAUCGACUACUUCCAGGUUUUGGAAGAAGCGAGGAAGCACAAGAAAGAAACAUCAUCCAUCGACAGUACUCAUCAGUUCAAGCUCCAGAAACCUAUCUCCAAGGACGACCUGAUACGCACCGCUCUCCACAAGAAGAACAAGAAGAAGCACCGUUGGUUCUGGAGAAACGCUUUGCUCUUCUUCAGCUGGCGGAAAUGGCGAAAACGCAGCGGCGAGGGAGACAUUGAGUUUGACGAUCGCGACGUUCACGUGGCGAGGGCUAGGAAUUUUCGGGCUUGUUCGAUGUCUGGUCCGGUUUACGUGACGGAGAGCUUGAGCGGUUCGAGCACGCCGUACCGGACGAUAAGACCUCCUUCGUUGACGACGGUGACACCAGUGAUUCCGUAUUUGAGUCUACGGGAGCUUAGCAUGGAGAGGCAGCAGAGGAUUAUUACCACUUCUAUGUCUGGUCCUCUUUACUUGGUCACGUGA